UGUUGUACCAGCUAGUUACACAGCUCCUGCAAUGCAAGUACUGGCAGUUAUUAUCAACAUCCAGCUGUUUUCUCUUGCUGCAGCCACACUGAUAUCCACUCCCCCUGUGGCCUGUCCUGAUGACACUGUCACCUUCACCUGCACUCUGCCUGGUAUCUUCAUACGAUGGGAUGUCAUUUCUCGAAAUAUAAAUAUGAUCAGCAUAUCAUUGAGUACCAGCAACACUGAUGUCACACUAGGUACAUUUCGUGGUGUUCUCACUAACUCCAGUGGAGGAAUGCUCACUGCCACUCUUGCCUCACUGUCUGAGGCCUCAACUGUGGAGGGUACUAUGGUGGAGUGUGUGGGAGUGAGCUCACGAGAGGGUCCUCUCACUAUCACUGUGGCUGAUCUACCCUCUCCUCCACUCAACGCAAGAGUAUCCUCCACUUUAAAUCAACCCAGUUCCUCUAAUAUCACUCUGGGCUGGGACCCUCCCUCUUCUACUGGUGGUGUGUCUGUCAGCUAUGUCCUCACCAUCACCCCAACACCUCUCUCUGGGUCACCAGUCACCGUGGAGACCACCUUGACACAGGUCACUCUCUCUUACAACACACCCUACAAUGUAACCAUCAGAGCUGUCAACUGUGCUGGAAUAAAUGAAACUAUAAUUGCAAAACUGAUUGUGUGCCCCACACCGUCUACUGCUGCUGGGGUGACCAUCACCAACACACCUCCUGUCACUAUUGGUGGAUCCAUGCUCACCUUCACUUGCAGUGGAGACAAUGAAGUGAGAACCUCAACCUGUGGUAGUAGUGGGUGGUCUCCUGACCUGGGCACCUUUGACUGCAGCAGUCCAGUUACAGUCAGCUGUGGUUCUCCUGAUGCACCAUCUAGAGGUAGUGUGGACAUCAGUGGUGGAACACCACCCUUCUCACUGGGUUCAGAGGUCACCUAUCGCUGUGAUGAGGGACUAUUCCCCCCUGAUGUGAGGACCAGCACAUGCACUGAUGUGGGGGAUAGGGGAGAGUGGGUGGAGAAUCCUGGGAGCUUGGUGUGCAGGGAGACACAAAUCAACUGCUCUCUACCUGAGGAGCCCUCCAAUGGAACUAUAUUGGACUAUGAGAGGUUGAAUGAGACAGUGUUUGAGGGAACAGUGCUGACUUACCAGUGUGACAAUGGAUUCUCAUUGACUGGACCCAACAUCAUCACUUGCACUAAUGCUGGAGUGUGGAACCCUGAGCCUGAGGCAAUAAUGUGUGUGUCACCAACUGAAGCUCAGAGUGAAGUGAGACAGACCACUCCAGCAGACUACACCAGGGCAUUAUCACUGCUCUCUCUCCCGGCUUGUGAUAGUGUGAGUCCAUAUAUCCUCCCCUCCUCAUUUUGGGGGCCAGUAAACCACACGAGUACAUCUGCUGAUCUGUGCGGGCCAUGUCGUCAUAGAUACGAGGCACCACCCCAAUACAGCCAGUCCAAGAUCAAUACCAGAGGAACUGAGGAAGGGGGAGGAAGAACUGUAGUAAAAUAAUAUGCUU